AAGAAAGAAGAAGAAGAUAUUUCCCUCUUCUUCUUUGUCAGAAUUAAAUAAAAUUCCCCCAAAAACAUAUCCAUAAAUAUAUAAUAUAAAAAAAAAGUGUGAAAUUGGGGAUAUAUAGGGGAACAUGGAGAGAACUAGUUUCACAGUUGUGUCUUUGCUAGUUUGCCUUUCAUUUGUGUUGGUGAAAUCUGAGGAUCCUUACCUCCACUUCGAGUGGAAUGUCACAUAUGGAACUAUCGCUCCAUUGGGUGUCCCACUACAGGGCAUCCUUAUAAAUGGACAACUCCCAGGACCUAGGAUCAAUUGUACCUCCAAUAACAACAUAGUUGUUAAUGUCUUCAACCAUUUAGAUGAACCGUUGCUCUUAACCUGGAACGGUGUUCAACAAAGAAAGAACUCGUGGCAAGAUGGUACCCCAGGUACCAUGUGCCCUAUUAUGCCUGGCACAAACUUUACCUACCGCUUCCAGGUUAAGGAUCAAAUUGGUAGCUUCUUCUACUUCCCAACAACAGACUUGCAUCGCGCUGCUGGUGGUUUUGGUGCCAUCAAUGUUCAUAGUCGUGCCCUUAUCCCUGUUCCUUUUGACAACCCUGCCGAUGACUAUAAUGUCUUCGUAGGUGAUUGGUACAACAAGGGUUACAAGUCCUUGAAGAAGAUCUUGGAUGGGGGACGCACACUUGGCAGGCCCGAUGGCAUCCACAUUAAUGGAAAAUCCCUUAAGGUUGGUGACAAAGUUGCUGAGCCACUCUUCAACAUGGAGGCUGGCAAGACCUAUAGGUACAGAUUUUGCAAUGUCGGUAUGAGGACAUCAGUCAACGUCAGGAUCCAAGGCCAUCCUAUGAAGUUGGUGGAAAUGGAAGGAUCCCACACCGUGCAAAAUGUCUAUGAGUCACUUGACAUUCAUGUUGGUCAAUGCCUUUCGGUAUUGGUCACUGCUGAUCAAGAGCCCAAGGACUAUUACCUGAUUGCCUCGAGCAGAUUCUUGAAGCAAGCUAAACUCUCCUCCGUGUCUAUCAUCCGAUAUGCCAAUGGAAAGGGACCAGCAUCUUCUGAUCUCCCAGCACCACCACCAGAAAACACCCAAGGCAUUGCCUGGUCGAUGAAUCAAUUCCGAUCAUUCAGAUGGAACCUUACUGCUAGUGCUGCCCGCCCCAACCCUCAGGGAUCCUACCACUAUGGACAGAUCAACAUCACCCGCACUUUCAAGAUUGUCAACACUAGGAGUGAAGUAGAUGGAAAGCUUAGAUACGCAUUGAAUGGUAUUUCCCACACCAAUACAGAGACCCCAUUCAAGCUAGCUGAAUACUUUGGAGCCCCAGAUAAGGUCUUCAAGUAUGAUCUCAUGGCUGACGAACCCUCAACAUCAGAGAAAGUAACCAUUGCCUCCAAUAUCAAGAAUGCAACAUUCCGUAACUUUGUUGAGAUCAUCUUUGAGAACCACGAGAAGACCAUCCAAACCUAUCACUUGGAUGGAUAUUCCUUCUUUGCAGUAGGGAUUGAGCCAGGAAAGUGGACUCCUGAGAAAAGAAAGAACUACAACUUAGUGGACGCAAUAAACAGACAUAGCAUCCAAGUGUAUCCAAACUCAUGGGCCGCCGUGAUGACAACACUAGACAAUGCUGGACUAUGGAGCUUGAGAUCAGAAAUGUGGGAGAGGUUCUACUUGGGACAACAACUAUACUUUAGUGUUCUCUCACCAGCUCGCUCGUUGAGAGAUGAGUACAACCUUCCUGACAACCACCCUCUUUGCGGUAUUGUUAAGAGUAUGCCCAUGCCUUCUCCAUACACGGCAUAGAUCAUAGAUCCAACCAUACAUCGGAGGGGAUCA